AUGCGCUCCACCCUCUCUGCUGCAGUCCUACUGCUUGCGGGCUCUGCCGCUGCGCAAACACCCACCGUCACUGUCACUCAAGCUGGCGCGACUACCACCGUCUUCACUACCGGAACUCCGUCUAUCACGGCUGUGUCAUCAUGCCAUCCCCAUAACACUGUUCUCUAUUGCAUGUUUGGCUCAGAUGAGUACCAGGUAGUCGGACCCACUGCGACAGAAGAGUUCCAAGCAGAGUACACGCAAUGUCACAAGCAUCAAACCGACACAUACUGUGUCGACGAUGCCGGCGAAGAUGUCCUGCUCAUGACGGAUGCUGAAGAAUCGACAGAAGGCUCCUCGCAUACGGGAGAAGAGUCAGCUACUGAGAGUGAGCCAGCAGGAAGCAAAGGACAUUGCCACGACCAUGCCGGUGUUGAGCACUGCGUCGGUGGAAGCGAAUCCGAAGUCAACUGCGAUGCUCCCCAGCGCGACUACAACAUCCCCCUACGAGUCGGCCUGCUCUUCGUCAUUCUCUUUACCAGUGGACUUGGUGUGUUUACCCCCGUCCUGACCCGGAAGUUCAACCUCGUUGGCGCCAACAACAUCGUCUUCGUCGUCCUCAAGCAGUUUGGAACCGGUAUCGUCAUCUCCACCGCAUUCGUCCAUCUCUUCACCCACGCCCAGCUCAUGUUCGCAAACCAAUGUCUGGGUGUUCUGGAAUACGAAGCCACCACCGCUGCUAUCUUCAUGGCUGGUUUGAUGCUGUCCUUCCUGGUCGACUACCUCGGUGCGCGCUUUGUCCAGUGGCGCCAGGGAAAACACAUUGCUCCCAGCACCGAGGUGGCAGCUAGUGGGGACAAAUCCGGAAACAGUUCUCCUUCAGCAGAACCCACCCAUGACUUCAACCGCAGUCAUGGCAUUGCCCACGCCCAUGGUCCGAUGCGCGAGGCUACCCCCAUGGAAGAGAAGAUCAACGUAAUGAACCUAGAGGCGGGUAUCAUCUUCCACUCCAUCCUCAUCGGUAUCACGCUUGUCGUCGCAAGCGAUGGAUUCUUCAUCACCCUCUUCAUCGUCAUCCUCUUCCAUCAAAUGUUCGAAGGUAUCGCUCUUGGAACUUGCAUCGCCGAACUCCCCAAGGCUGCUGCUGGUACGGCGCAGAAGCUCCUCAUGUGUGGUACUUUUGCGCUUAUUACACCUAUCGGCAUGGCCAUCGGUAUCGGAACGCUAGACCACUUCAACGGCAACGACCCCAGUACCAUCAUCGCCAUCGGAACACUCGAUGCACUUUCCGCUGGUAUCUUGACAUGGGUUGGACUUGUAGAGAUGUUGGCAAGAGACUGGAUGCACGGAAAACUGCUCAACGCAGGUGCUGCCAGGACCUUCAGUGCCUUGUUCGCGCUCAUUUGCGGUCUUAUUCUCAUGAGUGUUCUAGGCAAGUGGGCUUAG